UUUGUUCGACAACAUAAUGGAAAGUGGUACACUGGUGGAAUUUCGACCAAAUUAUUUUUCAUCUGUUAUGAUGGUAACAGAAAAGGUGGAGAACGAUAUGUCUUGGUGAGCAAGGCAAUGUCCUGGACCGAUGCACAGGUGUACUGCAGGAGUACCCACACAGACCUGGUCAGCAUCAGGAACCCAGAGGAGAACCAGGCAGUCGCGACGGCAAUUGAUGAAUUGAAUGUCUGGAUCGGCCUAUUCAAAUAUGGAGAACACUGGUCGGACGGGCGCAACUCCUCCUUCAGACAUUGGAGUCCCGAUUUCGGUGUUCUCCUCCCUCAAAACUGCGCUGUGAUGACUGGCAGGACUUCUGGAAGAUGGGGCCAACGAUCAUGUGAUGAGUUGCAUCCGUUUCUCUGUACCUGUACUAGGAAGCGGGUUCUCAAGGUGAAGGUGCGUUUAGAGGACAUCCAGGAACUGAACGACCCUGCCAUGAAUACUGCCAUCUUGAAUCAAACCCAACAGUUGCUGAACGAAGCGACUUUGAGCAACCACCAUAAGAUGGUGUGGAAAAGCAAUUCUGAGGGUCAGGUCUUCACCAAGGAGCAGUGUCAGGAGGACCAAGAGCAAGAGCAAGACUUCUGUGAUACUGUAUAGCCUCACAAAUCAGCAGAUUCAUGCCUAAAGUCUGUGGGGACAUCGAGUCUGGAUGAAAGGAGAUCCCUCUACUUUUGUUCUUUUUGCCCGAUUUUCAUUUAGUAAAACAUAAAUCCCGAG